AUGCAGGAACAAGUAACCAUUUCACCUAUUGAUAACACAGUUUAUGUGACACGUACUUUUGCCACGACUGAACAAAUUCAUGGGGCAAUUGAGCGGUCAAAGGAAGCUUUUUCCUCUUGGAAAAAAGUUUCUGUCAAAGAACGUGCAAAUAUUGUUUCCAAAUUUGUUGAUGCUUUUGUUGCCAAAAAAGAUGAUAUCGCUAAAGAGAUAACACUACAAAUGGGAAGGCCCAUUCGAUAUACUGGUGGUGAAGUCAAUUGUACUGCCGAAAGAGCACGAUAUAUGAUUUCUAUUGCCGAAGGAAAUCUCAAGGAUGUUGAAAUUAUAGACGAUAGACUUGAAUUCCGUCGAUUCAUUCGCAAAGAGCCUUUGGGCAAUACCGUUAUCCUGAAGCAAUCCCCGCAAACUCCAUUAUGUGCGGAAAGAUUUGAGGAGGCUUUUAAAGAAGCUGGUCUUCCUGAACAUGUAUUACAGGUUUUGCAUAUGUCUAAUAGUGAUACAGAGAAUGUUAUAAAACAUCCUGAUAUUGCUUAUGUGAACUUCACUGGUUCUGUCAAAACCGGAAGAGAAGUUCAAAAAGCCGCAAGCUCUAAAUUCAUGGGUACCGGACUUGAGUUAGGUGGAAAAGAUCCGGCCUAUGUUCGUCACGAUGCUGAUUUAGACUACACUAUAGAACAGUUGGUUGAUGGAUCCUUCUUCAACAGUGGUCAGUGUUGUUGUGCCAUUGAGCGAAUUUAUGUGCAUGAACAAGUUUAUGAUCAAUUUGUAGAAAAAUUCGUUGAAUUGACAAAGCAAUACAAGUUGGGUAAUCCAUUAGACCCUGAAACAACACUUGGGCCUAUGGUUCGUACUAGUUCAGCAGAAUUUGUUCGCCAACAAAUUGAAGAGGCUAUGAUACUUUUAGUUAAUCAAGGAGCAAAGCCUUUGAUUGAUACCGCAUUAUUUCCGGAGGACAAAAAAAAUACACCUUAUGUUGCACCUCAAGUUCUUAUUAAUGUUAAUCAUUCGAUGAGAGUUAUGAAAGAAGAAAGCUUUGGUCCUGUUAUUGGCAUAAUGAAAGUAUCCUCAGAUAAAGAAGCUAUUAAAUUGAUGAAUGAUUCAGAGUUUGGCCUCACUGCAAGUAUUUGGACAAAAGAUGAAAAUGCUGCAUUAGAGAUUGGUAAUGAGAUUGAUACCGGAACUUGGUUUAUGAAUCGUUGUGAUUGUAAGAUACUUUCAUUUUAUAUAGAAAUGAUCAUUGAAUUGUUGGCACUUGUGUAG